AUGGCUUUGAAGAGGAAACUCGAGGUCGACGUUGAGGAUGUUGUCCCCCUCAAACAGAAGCAAAUGAAGCUUGUCCCCUUCCCCAACUUUGGGAGUGACGAGGACGUUGCAAUGGACGUAGAGCCAUUCCUCCCCGAGCAGCAUCACUUGCGGGUACCUUCCGACGCUAGCGGAACGUCGAGCGCAUCUGUAUCGCCUCUGUCCUACUCCCCGAACUACCCAACCUAUGACCUGCAUCCCUCUCCCUUCUUCAACCCCGAGACGGGCUCAGUAGACUCCAACUCGCAUUCCUUCUCACAUUAUUCCGCCCAACCUUCACCUCCCCAGGGCUCUCUCGGUCUCAUGCAACCCUCUGCCAAUAAUUUCGUUCAUCAUGGGUAA